CCGAGGCCAAGGAUGACGCGGGGCGGGAUGCACUGCUGGACAAGGCACGCCAACGCGAGGAGGAUGCACAUGGCCACUCCCAGGAGGCUACGCGGAUCGCAAGCGGCGCGUGGCAGGGCACAAUCGGAGGCGUCGGGGUAGGAACCGGACUAGGGACGGGGACUGGUGCCGUCGUCGGUACUCUCGUUGGCACCAUUGCUUCUAUACCGUUUGCUGGCCUGGGGGCUCUGGUUGGGCUCCCCGUUGGCAUGAUCCACGGACCCUUUGUUGGAGGAGGUCAAGAGGGAGAUCGGUACAAGCCACCAUCGGAAGACGAGCAGCAUCGUGCUGUUAUUCAGGCUUUGGAUCAGUCGCAGGGCGAUGGAAGGCAGAAGUCCGCUGGUGACGGUACUGAAUGA